CUGUCCCUAUGGCAACAAAUGGAGUGCACAUCGUAAAAAUGGGGGAAAUAGUUUGAUGAUAGGAUGUGUGCUCACUGUUAACAGGGGGGUUAGUACGUCGGACGUGGUCGUUUCUGCUGCCACAUUUUCAUUUUCUGUGGAAAAGGUGAACGAAAUGGAAACGAGUUCUCUCUUUUUAGCACUAUGCUGAGAUCCUGGGCAGCCUUCCCACCAUGCUGGAACUGGGCUCCUGUUCGGUCAGCUCUCAGUCUCUGACAGGGGAUCACAAUGCUUUGGGGCUACCGAGAGCCCCAGUGGGACAUGAGUGUCCAGUGGUUAGUCUGGGCAUGGGGACAAUGUGUGGUAGCAGCACCCCCAGGCACCACAUACUUCCCUCGUCCUCAGCGGACUGUGAAAACUGGCAGAAGCAUCGUACAGGACUAGUCGGGGGGUCAAGCCUGUUCUCUGAGUCCCACUCUCACUUGGAGCCCCAAAGUCACUCAACCAGCUAUGACACCCUCUACCUCCCACACAUGUCUGGCUCUGCUCCACCUCUACAACCAAACCGUCUUGGUCUCUCUCUUGAUGUGGGCUCGACUUUUGAAGUUGGAGGGGGAAUGCUGGGGGUGGAUGGAGAUUUGGCCGUCAGUCCAAAUGUGAUCAAGCGACGUCGCGGUGGCCUGAUCGAGCAGAGGGACAUCGUCAAAGCCCACCAGGCUCAUAAGAUUCAAAGCACACCACAAGCACGACGCAAGGAGUGGGAAAUGGCUCGCUUUGGAGACGACGUCCCGGGCUUGUUGAGCUCAGGGGAUGGAGGGUCCGAGCGCAACCGGAACCGCGAUGGAGCGGCCGUGUCCACAGGUGGCAUCUCCCCAGCUUUCAAGCAGACCAAAGCACAGCGUGCCCGCACCAUGGCCUUGUACAACCCCAUCCCGGUCAGGGAGAACUGCUUCACCGUCAACAGGUCCCUGUUCAUCUUUGGUGAGGACAACGUGGUCAGGAAGUACGCCAAGAAAAUCAUUGAGUGGCCUCCAUUCGAGUACAUGAUCCUCACCACCAUCAUCGCCAACUGCAUCGUCCUGGCUCUGGAGCAGCACCUUCCUGGAGAGGACAAAACACCCAUGUCUAAGAGACUGGAGAAGACUGAGCCCUACUUCAUCGGGAUGUUCUGCUUUGAGGCUGGGAUAAAGAUCAUCGCCCUGGGCUUUGUAUUUCAUAAAGGCUCCUACCUCAGGAACGGAUGGAACGUCAUGGACUUCAUCGUGGUCCUCAGUGGGAUCCUGGCCGCUGCAGGGACACAUUUGAACAUCUCAGUGGACCUGAGGACCCUGAGGGCAGUGCGAGUGCUCAGACCCCUCAAACUGGUCUCAGGCAUCCCCAGUCUGCAGAUAGUCCUGAAGUCCAUCAUGAAGGCCAUGGUUCCUCUGCUUCAGAUUGGCCUGCUGCUCUUUUUUGCAAUCCUGAUGUUCGCCAUCAUCGGCCUGGAGUUUUACAGCGGCAAACUGCACCGCACCUGCGAACAACAGUCUGGAAUUCUGGAAAACGAGGCAGUGGACUCUUCCGAAUUGGAGUUUCCGUGUGGUGUGCGUCAGUGUCCGGCCAAAUACAACUGCAGCGAUACUUGGAUUGGCCCUAAUGACGGCAUCACUCAGUUUGACAACAUCCUGUUUGCUGUUCUCACUGUCUUCCAGUGCAUCACCAUGGAGGGAUGGACCACUGUACUCUACAAUACCGACGAUGCCUUGGGCCCCAACUGGAACUGGCUUUACUUCAUCCCCCUCAUCAUCAUCGGCUCUUUCUUUGUCCUGAAUCUGGUGCUGGGAGUCCUCUCUGGGGAAUUUGCCAAAGAGAGAGAGAGGGUGGAAAACCGCAGGGCCUUCAUGAAACUGAGACGCCAACAGCAGAUUGAGAGAGAACUCAACGGUUACCGGGCCUGGAUCGACAGAGCAGAGGAAGUGAUGCUUGCUGAGGAGAAUAAAAAUGCAGGACCUUCUGCCCUUGAUGCUCUCAGGAGGCUCCCAGAGUGGAGUACAGGUGGUGCCUAUGUGUUGAAGAGAGCCACCACCAUCAAGAGGAGAGGGAUGGAUGUGGUGCAUCGAGGGCAAUCAGGAGAAGAACAAUAUGGUGAUAUCUCCUCUGUGGGCAUCCCCAUGGCAAGAGCGAGUAUCAGGAGUGCCAAGCGAGGUCCAAGGGCGUAUUUUCGCCGUAAGGAGCGCCUCCUGCGUAUCUCUAUCCGCCGCGUGGUGAAAACACACACUUUCUAUUGGACAGUGCUGGGUCUGGUAGCUCUCAACACGCUGUGUGUGGCCAUUGUUCACCACAAACAGCCUCUGUGGCUGUCCAACUUCCUCUACUAUGCAGAGUUCCUGUUUCUCGUUCUGUUCCUGACUGAGAUGUUUCUGAAGAUGUACAGCUUGGGACCGCGUCUCUACUUCCACUCCUCCUUCAACUGCUUUGACUGCAGUGUAAUCGUUGGCAGCAUCUUUGAAGUGCUGUGGGGUUUCUUCAGGCCUGGCACUUCAUUUGGCAUCAGUGUCCUGCGUGCUCUCCGUCUGCUGAGAAUCUUCAAGAUCACCAAGUAUUGGGCGUCUCUGAGAAACCUGGUCGUCUCUCUGAUGAACUCCAUGAAGUCCAUCAUCUCCCUCAUCUUUCUCCUCUUCCUCUUCAUCGUUGUCUUUGCACUCCUUGGCAUGCAGCUCUUCGGUGGCAGGUUCAUCUUUGAAGACUACACUCCAACAAACUUUGACACCUUUCCUGCAGCCAUCAUGACCGUCUUUCAGAUCCUGACUGGAGAGGACUGGAACGAGGUGAUGUACAACGGUAUUCGCUCUCAAGGAGGAGUGAAGUCUGGCAUGUGGUCCUCUAUCUACUUUAUAGUGCUCACACUGUUUGGAAACUACACUCUACUAAAUGUCUUCUUGGCCAUUGCUGUGGAUAAUCUUGCCAAUGCUCAAGAGCUUACCAAGGAUGAAGAGGAAGCCGAGGCAGCGUUCAACCAGAAGCAUGCGCUCCAGAAGGCAAAGGAGGUCGGACCAUUGUCCUCCUUCAUGUCUUCAGAGGGAAGCCGGAGAAGGCGGCCCUACCUGUACAGGAAAAGAGCCAUCCACCGCAGCCGGCCUACCUACUCCUGCUCCCUGGAAGAGGCCCAGGGAAGCAUCAGGGAGGGCCGCCCACCCCCACCACUCAACCCCUCUAACUCUUUCAUGUCCAGGAGAGAGAGGAGAAAAAGGAUGACCAUGUCAGUGUGGGAGCAGAGGACCAGCCAGCUGCGGAGACACCGCCAGAUGUCCAGCCGAGAGGUCCUGUUCAGCAAUCCCAGCGAGGAGAAGGAUGGGCCUCCAGCCCAGGCUCAGCUUGGACAUCCCCUGUCACUGCAUCGCAAGGCCAUGGAGCACACGCCAUCUGGGAGCUUAAAGCGCCUGGCGGAGCCCUUGGCUUCCCCAGCGAAAAACCAACCUUCAGGCUCCUCCUCCCUGUCUGUGGAUAUCCCUCUUGAUGCUGUGCUCUCUGGUGACAUACCAGAACCGCCAGAGUCGGUGCUGGUGCCAGAGUCGUUGGAUCCUAUGAACGUCCCCCUUCCUGAUGCUUCUGAGUCUGCGGCCAUACCAGAUCCCAUCACUGAGAGCGGAAAACUUGGUGUUAAUCAGAGUCACACCAACACUAUCAGCGAGCGACGGAGCCCCAGACUGAAUGGCGAGCGCCAACACAGGGCAGUAAAGAAGUUCAGACCACCAGAUAACCUUGACACUCUGACUCCUGAGAUGGGAGGUCAUGGUGGUAUCAGGGGCAGGAGGGCGCUGCAUCACUGUGACCAUCAGAGCGGAGUCGGAAGCUCAUCACCCAGUGAUGGAAGCCACUUGUCGAGUCGCUCAGUCAGCAGAGAGAAGAAGAGAAAUCCAGGGAAAGGGGAGGAGAAGGAAACAGAGGGCAAAAAGGAAGAAGAGGUUUCCAAACCUGAUGAGAACAGACAGGAUGACAGGAGUGACGGAGGAGAUGCUCACCCACCAGAGAACCAGAGCCACAGUGGUAAUCAGCAUCCUCAGAAGCAGGAAGAACCUCCUCAGCAAUCUGACCCGUCGCCACCUGCCAUCCCAGACAACAGCAACAAAGAAGAGGAUGAGACGGAAAAGGACCAAGAUAAAUCGCAGCUCAGCUCAAGUGUGAUCAUCGACGUGCCCAACAUUCAGUCAUGUCUGGAGCUCUCCACGAUCACAGUCAACAGUAAGGACCCUGAAACCUGCAAGUCAGAGAAGGAGGAGGCAGAGGAGACAAAGCCUGUUAACAAGGUGACACCAGACAGCAUGUUCAUCUUCAAACCUGACAAUCCGGUGCGUCGAGCGUGUCACUACGUGGUGAACCUCAGGUACUUUGAAAUGUCCAUCCUGCUGGUCAUAGCUGCCAGUAGUAUAGCACUGGCUGCUGAGGACCCUGUAGCCACCUCCUCUGACUGGAAUAAGGUUCUGCGGUAUUUUGAUUAUGUCUUCACGGGAGUCUUCACGUUUGAGAUGAUUAUAAAGAUGAUUGACCAGGGUCUGAUCCUUCAUGAUGGCUCCUACUUCAGAGACCUGUGGAACAUCCUAGACUUCAUCGUCGUGGUGGGAGCACUGGUGGCCUUCGCCCUCUCCAAUGUGAUGGGAAACAACAAAGGACGGGACAUUAAGACCAUCAAAUCUCUGAGAGUGUUACGUGUCCUCAGACCACUGAAGACCAUCAAGAGACUUCCUAAACUCAAGGCGGUGUUUGACUGUGUGGUGACAUCUCUGAAAAACGUCUUCAACAUCCUGAUCGUCUACAAGCUUUUCAUGUUCAUCUUUGCCGUCAUCGCUGUGCAGCUCUUCAAGGGGAAGUUUUUCUACUGUACCGACAGUUCGAAGGACACAGAGAAGGACUGCCAGGGUUACUACAUUGACUACGGGAAGGACAAGAAGGAGAUAAAGAGAAGAGACUGGAAGAGACACGAGUUUCACUACGAUAACGUCAUCUGGGCUCUGCUCACUCUCUUCACUGUUUCCACUGGAGAGGGAUGGCCUCAGGUUCUGCAGCACUCAGUGGAUGUGACAGAGGAGGACAGAGGUCCGAGCCACGGCAACAGGAUGGAGAUGUCUAUAUUCUACGUCAUCUACUUUGUCGUCUUUCCUUUCUUCUUCGUCAACAUCUUCGUGGCUCUCAUCAUCAUCACCUUCCAGGAACAAGGGGAUAAGAUGAUGGAGGAGUGCAGCCUGGAAAAGAAUGAGAGGGCGUGCAUAGACUUUGCCAUCAGUGCCAAGCCCCUGACCCGUUACAUGCCCCAGAACAGGCACACUUUCCAGUACCGUCUGUGGCAUUUUGUGGUGUCACCCUCGUUUGAGUACACCGUCCUGGCCAUGAUCGCUCUCAACACCAUUGUACUGAUGAUGAAGUAUUACUCUGCCCCGCCCGCAUAUGACGCCGUAUUGAAGCACCUGAACACAGCUUUCACUGUUCUUUUCUCCGUUGAGUGUGUCCUCAAGAUCAUGGCCUUCGGCUUUCUGAACUACUUCAGAGACACGUGGAACAUUUUCGAUUUCAUCACUGUUUUGGGCAGUAUUACAGAGAUUGUGGUAGACUUGCGGUUUGAUGACACAUUCAACAUGGGUUUCCUGAAGCUGUUUCGGGCAGCUCGUCUGAUCAAACUGCUUAGACAAGGUUACACCAUCCGGAUUCUCCUGUGGACCUUCGUCCAGUCCUUCAAGGCUUUGCCCUAUGUCUGCCUGCUCAUCGCCAUGCUCUUCUUCAUCUACGCCAUUAUUGGCAUGCAGGUGUUUGGAAACAUCAAGCUGAAUGACAAGACUCACAUUACCCAGCACAACAACUUCAAGACCUUCUCUGGUGCCCUAAUGCUGCUGUUUAGGAGUGCCACAGGGGAGUCAUGGCAGGAGAUCAUGUUGUCGUGUUUGGGGGGACAGAAGUGUGAGACGGAUCCAGCAGUACCAACAUCUGAACCGGAGGGAGGCUGUGGCUCUGACUUUGCAUAUUUCUACUUUGUCUCAUUCAUCUUCUUCAGCUCCUUCCUGAUGCUAAACCUGUUUGUGGCUGUCAUCAUGGAUAACUUUGAGUAUCUGACGAGAGACUCAUCCAUCUUGGGUCCACACCACCUGGAUGAGUUUGUUCGGAUCUGGGGGGAGUAUGACCGGGCUGCCUGUGGUCGUAUCCAUUACACUGACAUGUAUGAGAUGUUGACCAACAUGUCGCCACCUCUAGGCCUGGGCAAGAAAUGCCCCUCCAAGUUGGCAUAUAAGAGACUAGUCCUAAUGAACAUGCCUGUGGACGAGGACAUGUCCGUUCACUUCACCUCCACCCUCAUGGCCCUCAUACGCACCGCCCUGGAGGUCAAGAUAGCCAGAGGAGGGGAGGACAGAAAUCAGAUGGAUCUGGAUCUGCAGAAGGAGAUUAGUGUCAUUUGGCCUCAUCUCUCUCAGAAGUCACUGGAUCUACUGGUUCCCAUUCACAGAGCCAGUGAUAUGACUAUUGGGAAGAUCUAUGCUGCCAUGAUGAUCAUGGACUACUACAAACAGAGCAAGGCCAAGAAGCUCCGGCAGCAACUGGAGGAGCAGAAACAUGCUCCUAUGUUCCAGCGUAUGGAUGCCUCCUCUCUGCCUCAAGAAAUCCUAUGCAAUGCCAAAUCCCUUUCAUUCCUCAGACAUAGUGCCGGAUCAGCUCUCACCAGAGGAGGUUUCGUGGCACUCAGUCCGAUCUCUCCACAAGAGAUGUUCCUGCAGCCGCUGUCUUGCUCCAGAGAGGAAAAGGAGGAGGAUGAUGACGACGACUACCACCGUUCACCCUAUCACCCCUACCACCACCCACAUCAUCACCACCACCAUCAUCUACACACACUGGUGCCAGAUGUAGUGGAGUAUAACCAAGUGAUGCAGCAGGCCAGGCAGGACCCAACAGUUAUUAAAUCACCUCAGCGGACAGCAUCUAUCAGAGCAUCCUCUAUGCCCAGACUGGCUGUUGAUCCACAGCCUGGGAUGUCAGCAGACAGUAAGCUGAUGAAGCGUUCCUUCUCCACCAUCGGAGACCAAUGCGUGAACGGCCUCUGGCAGGAACAGCACUCUCUGGAGAGAGUCAGUCCUGACGGCACAUACAGGCCUCGGCAGAGGAGCUACAGAGGUCCAAGAAUCAACCACAGAGAAACGAGCAGUCACGAGAGAGGGCGAUCUAAGGAACGGCGCCACCUCCUCUCUCCUGAUGUGUCCCGCUGCAACUCUGAGGAGCGCAGCCAGGAUCCAUCAUGUGAAAGGAGACGGUCACCUAGCGAGGGACGUGCACAGGCCUUACAGAGACAGGUGAACACAACAGACAGUCCUGCACAUUCAGCCCCAGAGUCCAGCACUCCCCGUAAUAGGCGACAGCUGCCACAGACGCCCUCUCGCCCGCGGCCAUACAUCUCCUACUCCCCUUUAGUCUGCCGAGCCCACACCUCUCCCACACCAGUAAGCUCUUCUGAGGGACAGACCCAGCCUCAGGAUGGCCCUGGCGUCUCCACAGAGACCUCGUGGAGGGCUGACAAGGAGGGCGGCCCCCUCGCUGCAGUUCAGGGGUCAUCCGGAGGUCCAGUUUCAGGACCAAGCAACCCAUCUCCUCACCGUUACAUCUCAGAGCCCUACCUCCCAUUCCAUGAGGAUGUCAGUGGUGGAGAGGCAGGCGAGAGGCAGGACACCCUCACUUUUGAGACGGCCAUGGCAACCAGCCUGGGCCGGGCCAACGCCAUAAGCUCUGCCCCUCAGCUCAGACACUCCUGGCAGGUUCCUAACGGGCAUUUCAGAAAGCAUUUGGGCCAGGCGAGUCCGGCUGGAGCCAGCGAGCUUCUAAGUGACACAGAUGAGGAUGACCGCUGCUAAAAAAAACAGAGAAGAAGAUGAUGCACAGAGCGAGAAGCGAGAAAGGCACCUCAGAGACGCUCCACAUGGCACCACAAGGCUCUUAGCUGCUCUGUGGCUCUGAGGACUUGUAUUCUCAGUACCAGUAGCAUUACAAGCAGGACUGAACUCCACUGCGAUUUAUCUGGAUACUUGGGUGUCUGUCUGAAACAUGUUCUUGUGUGUGUGUGUUUGUUGUAGCUGGAGGAAGGCUACGUGUGUGGACACGGGUGUGUGUUAAUGUGUGCGUGUGUUCUCAAUAGAGAAGAUUUGCCAAAUCAAGAAACAGCAGUGACUGGCUGCUAAUAUAAGUAGAUCACUGAAGGCAAUCCCAAGUGUUGCCAAGCCUUCCCACACAUGUUUGUGUUUUGAUUGUUAUUUGAACAAAAUAUGGUGAGACAUCGAUCCAAGGUGUCCAAACCUCUCGUGGAAUCCAAGAAACUGAUCUAAGUGCGUUUUGUGUAGGUAAACAUAGAGGUAGCAUGUAAAAAUGUAAUACGAUGAAUGUAUUUUAGCUUUUGGUUCUUAUAUUGGGGUCAUUUGAGAGGGUUGCUGUUAGUCUUUACUGUGCAUAGUUGUAAGAGUAGCAGUGAAACAGGGGUUGAUUCAGAUUUACAGGUUUUAUAACUGGCAGCCAGCCAUUCCACACAGAUCCUGUUUACACGGUCUCCACAUGGUUCACGGGCAUUAUACAGUCACUAAUCAAUAAAUAGUCAACACGGGAAAUGAAGUUCCAGACAUUAAAGGAAGCAAACCCUUGAGUGAUGUGAAAAAGAUGCUAAAAAUCUUGAACAGAUUACAGAAUAAGAGAUGUUUUGUCUCAGGAUACUGGAUCACUGAAUUUGUAACAUAUAAUCAUCUAAAAUUUUGUUCACCUGGGAUCCAAAAUGAAGACUUCAGAAAACCAGGACAAGAAGUGUUUCUUAACCCUACAGUCAGCAUGAUAUCAACAUGACAAGACUGUCACAAGGACAACCAUCUGUACGACAGACAGCCUGAGGGCAGGCAAAUGGAUUCUCAUUCUUCACGUUGCUGUGCUGGAUAACCACUGUCAAUGUUGCGUCAGAGAGGUGACUAAAGCCAUUUUCUUCCGGUACAUAGAGCCAGGGACUUGUCUACUUCAGGAUGUGUUGCCUUCUUUCACAGUGGUGACGAAAACGAUGAGAAAUUAAUGUCACUUUUUACGUGUGAUGCAACAUGGACGCUUUUACAGAAGAGGAAUCACAGGCACAGUAUGGUUUGUCUAUACGUCAACUGCCACAUUGUUUGUCACACGUUUUGGUCAGUAGAAACAAGCAUUAUGAUAUUUUCUGUGCUCCAGAGUUAUAGUAAUUUUCACACAUGCAUGAUCAUGGUGACUGAUAAUGAGAGAUAUGUGAGAGAAAUGUGUCUUAGAGCUGCCUGAUCGUUCUUAUUUUAAUGUAUCCAUGAUAAUAAAUAGGAUUUAAAACCAUGUCAUCAACAGAGUAAUGAUGAAACAAUCUCAGCAUUCACUGUCCAUAUCUUUGAACAUUCCAGCUUUUCACCAUUUGUUGUUCCCCCUUAAAUAAGAUGUAUAUUUAUAUCAUGUGCUGUUGUGUUAAUGUAAUAUGUUGAGUUUGACAUGUUUCUGAAAUGUGAACAUAGGACAUAUCUGGACUGAGGAUCCACAGGCCAGAAGAGGUCACGCUCACCUGCUGGAACCCCAAACAAAAAGUCCUGGACUGAAUAAGAUGUAUUUUAGCAGAGAAACCUCCUCUGAAGUGUGUCAACUGCGAGGCUGGAUUUAUACAGUAUACAGGUUAGGUUAAGGCUUCAGCCUGUAGUUUAUAGGACCAUGCUUAACGUGUACAGUGCAGCCUAGGACUUAACCUUGAUGUCUGUCUCUGUACAGGACAGCCUAAUCUGUGCCUGGGGAAACUCGCCUCAAAGAGUUCCCUAUCAAGCCUGGAUUCAUAGAUAGAGAAGCUUUCUGGUAAAUAUGUAGUAUAAACUGUACAAAAAAAAAAAUCCAUGUUUAAUUUAUUGCACUGUUUAUAUUUUAUUUGAAUCAUGAUGCCUGUCUAUGACUUUAACAAAAGAAGUGUUUACAUAUCUGUUCAAAGGACCAUUAAAGAGAGAUCACUUGUC